ACACCGAAUUCAUCGAAUGGGACUAAUCCUCGAUAUUUCUUGGCUUACUGAGACCAAUUACCAUCCCUGAAUUGCCCGUUUGAUUUAGUCAGGUUUUAUCUUUCCAAGCUAUAAAUAAGUUGUAAAAAUGGGUUGUACAUGUACCAAGGAACGGAUAACAGUGGGAGGAAGGCGAUUUUAUAUAAUCAAACGGCUUGGAGAAGGUGGAUUCAGUGUUGUGGACCAAGUGGAAGACGGAGCCGGGGAUAAGUUCGCUCUGAAGCGGAUUCAGUGCCACGGGGCUGAAGAUGAAAGACAGGCGAAGAAGGAGGCUGAAUAUCAUUGUCAAUUCAAACAUAAGAACCUCAUAGGGCUAGAGGAAUGGGGCUCGGUGAAAGGAAAGGAAGGUCUCACAGAAGUUCUUUUGGUGUUGCCAUUGUUCAAGAGAGGAACAUUACAAGAUGAGCUAGAUAAGAUGAAAGCCAAUGGAAGUCACAUGCCUGAAGACAGGAUCUGGAGGAUAUUCAGAGGCAUAUGUGAAGGGAUCAAGGCAUUGCACUCAGCCAAACCCAAGCCAUUAGCACACAGAGAUAUGAAGCCAGGUAAUGUGAUGUUAUCUGAGGAUGAUACACCUGUCAUAAUGGACUUUGGCUCAAUGGGCGAAGCAAGGAUAGAGGUCAAAGGUCGAUCUGAGGCAUGUGCUCUACAGGAUCUUGCAGCUGAAAAGUGCAGUAUGCUAUUCAGAGCUCCAGAACUUUUCCAUGUUGAUAGUCAUUGCAUUGUGGAUGAAAAAGUAGAUAUCUGGUCUCUUGGCUGUGUUCUCUUCAACAUGGCGUUUCUUCACUCACCGUUUGAACCUAUCUAUGCCAGAGGGGAUAGUAUUCAUUUAGCAGUACUCAGCAGGAGUUUCAAGUUUCCUGAAAAUUCAAGGGAAUUUGCUGGGCUUUUAGUUGAAUUAAUCAAUGACAUGCUUCAUGUUGAUCCUCAAGAACGACCCUCAAUAAAUCAAAUUUGUGCGAAACUAACCCAUUAAUCUAUGUUUUAUUUUUCAAAAAGGAAUAAUGUAUACAUAUAUAUAUAAGCUUUGUAUAUACCUAAUGUGCACUGAAAGGAUCUAAAUUUUCACAACUCUUUUACAAAAUAAAAAAGAUUGGUAUUCAAGCUUUAAAUGCAAGUGUUAUUAAUGAUAUAAACCCUUUAAUUGAAAGUAUUGUGUUUUAUCUGUUAGAUAUCAUUCUUCAAUAAAAGUUAGGCCUUAAAAGUCUAUGGAUGAUUUAAUGUUGGUUAAACUUUGACCUAUCAUUUAAAAAAAAAUUUUACUUAGCACUCUUUGAAAUUACAUGUUUUUAUGAAUUUGGCUUUGUUUUAAAGUGCAAUAGGAUCGCUUAUGUUGGCCAUUCAAAAAUACAUGUAUAUUCACAUUUUGUUUGAGGAAUUGCAUCACAAAAGACACAUGGGAAAAUAAUUACUAGUACUAAUAUAUUCUAUAUAAGAAUAAAACAAUUUGUGUGUCUCAGUAUUUUGCUAAUGACUUUGUGGGAGAAUAUAUUAUUCAUCUCUCCCCUUGAAGUAUUUUUUUCAAGUUGGAUAUUUGCUCUAAAAUGUCAUACACAUUCCAUUUCUCACAUACCAGAAGGUUUAUUUAUACUGAUGUUCUGUGGCUAUUUCUGUGCUUUUACAAUGUAUUUUACCCUCUAAAUUAAUUGUUGACGGUGAUGGUAAAUAUAUAUAUACCGUUUCACCUCCUCUCUGUUUUUCUCUUACAAAAUUUUCCAUGAUCUAUUACACCAUUUCACUACUUUUCCCGCACUCCUCAAUGCACCUGUACCUCAUUUGCCCUUCCUUCAUGUUCUUAAAAUUUUGAAAAAAUUCAUAUUUCCUAUUCUCAUGAAAUAAAACUAUCGCUUUCUUUUCACAUACGUACAUGUAUUAUUUAUUUUCCUAACUUUCCUCAUUGUUUUGUCAUACUUUCUGAUUUCAUCAUGAACGUAUCUCUGGUAUACAUCAUAAUAAUAACAUUCACUGCACACUCUUAUGACUGUUCCUGCUCCCUCUCACACUUGCCACUCACACCCACACUCGCACUAGGUAUUCCCAAGGACUCCUGGAUGCUAUAUCAGGCAUGUUGGUGGUAGAAGCCCUGGAGAGACCACACAUUGACUGGGUCAUGAACAAGGCCAAUGAGGGACAACUCAACAUGGAGAAUAGAAUAUAGACUCCUGGGACUAGUCUGAGUUCCAAUCUGAGGAAUUGCUGACUUCCCGCCGUGGAACUUGGUCUUAGAUAAGCUCGUGAAGGAUGACACCGCUUGAGACUUGUGGGACUACAGGUUGUGGCUUUUCUAGUUUACCCAGCUGGCUGUCACAAGACGGGGUCCUAGACAGGGCCCCCUGAUCGACAACACAAGUAUAGAAUUGUGGGACUGCAUGUUGUCACUUCUCUAGUUGACUCAGCUGGUUGUCAUGAAUAGUGAGGGUCCUAAAAUACAACCCUGAAGGACUGCACCACAUAGAAGAUGGAAUAAGUUCCAUUGUAUUCAACUGGCUGCCAUUGUGCAGGGCUUCUGAAGCUAGCAAGAAGUAAUGAUACGGAAUUGGAGAUCUCUCUGUUAUGUCGAUUUCUGAUGCCAUUUAAUGUUGAAAGAAGGGUAGUUGACAUGGAGAAAGAAGCGGAGACCCAAGGUAUUAUGUGUAUUCUGAGAUUCUUUAACUGGUAGACAAGCUGACUCUCCUGCAUGGGAAGACAAUUUGAUCUAAUGGAUAUAUUGAAAAGUUGUAAGAUCGUCUAGGCUAGAGUGGUAGGGUUUGAAGGAAGGUUAAAUGAGAGAGACUACUCAUUAGGGAGAACAGAGUCAAUGAAAUAGUCUCUUGUCUGAUAAGCAGGCUACUCCCUCAUGAUAGCACAAAACACAGGCCACCUUUUUGUGUAAUUCCAUACUUUUGUAGUUACUACAUGUUUAGAUACAUCGAUGGGUUUUUAAAAAGCUGAUAUUGACCCAAUGGGGUAAUGUACUGUAUAAGACUGUUUAUCAAAGAUGUGGUCUUUUCGGUGGAGUGAAGUCUAACUUGUCACUGUCAUUGUCCACUAAUCUGCAGUUUUGUAUAGCAUAUACAUGUUGGUUUGGCAUAGGAAGAUUGGGUAGUAUCUGACAAUGAGAGAUGUUACCCAUGUUUUGGGACAUGCUGAGAGAUUUCUAAGCAUUGCUGUAUAAAAGACUUGCAGUUCAUGGAGAUUGCUAGGUCUUUUUUUUUGUUUGUUCAUCAGCAAUGCAGUGUGCUGCAGAAAAUGGAAGAUGAUAUAAAGUAGGUAGAUAUGUGAUGUGCAAUUUGUAUGCAUGAACAGGAGGGCUCGUAUUCCAAAGUCCGGUUUAACAAUAAUAGACCGUUGUCUAACCCUUCGCUAAAAUUAUGGGAAGCCAAAAUUGUCAAAAUUUUGUUUACCAUGUAAGUUUUUUAUGUUUACUGUGCCCUCUUCUUAUUCUUUUAUGGUGAAGACAACUCUCUGUUUAAUAUUCAUCCUUCCAAGACAGUAUAGAUUGAUUAAGAGUCAAAUGAGCUGAUACAUUGAACCUCUACCAUUAGCAAUUUAUGUCAAAAUUGCCUAUCCAUACAUUGUAGUUAAACCACAAAUUUAUACCAUAGUAUUAGUAAUUCAAUCAGAGUACGGGCCGCUGGGUUACCUGUUACAGCUCCUUUGGUUGAUGGGAGUGAGUAGUGUGUUCGAAACUGGAGCAACUCAAAUACAGUUUAAGAAGCUUUUUUGUUGCCAGAGAUUAUUGUCUUACACUAUGUGAGUGGAUCAUUAGGGUUACUGAUAGGAUCUAGGAAGCCAGGGUGUCUCAAUCCCUGGAGGAAAAUAUCUCAAAAAUUUUGAAAAAGACAAUAGAACCUUGUGUAAAAAUUGCAUUGAUGCCAACCCAUGGUAAAGUGGUAAUUUGAAUGAUGACCCCUUUUUUGUGCCUUUCUUGCUUGCCCCAAAAUUUGGCAGGGCAAAAUGCUUCCUUUGAGUUGUGAUACCCCCCCCCCCUUUUUUUUAUACAGAACUUGGGAAGAAAAAAGUGGUGCCCCCUUGUUGGCCCCUAUUCCUGGUCAAUCCUGGAUCCACUGUUUGUUAUGUAUGCUAGUGCAAUUUUUUCGUAAAAUGAUUAGUUAUUGUGUUCCAAAAUAACCACAUUGACCCUUCAUCUAGGACCCAUAUACAGUAUGUACUUAUACAACUCCCAAAAAAGUUCUGUAAUCUGAUUGGUCCAAAUUGGAUCACAUGAUAUUCAGCAAAUUGCACUAUGGCAUCCAAAAUACACUAUCCUGCACUCUUAUGUCAUACCAAAUGUACUAUCCUGCACUCUGACGUCAGAGUGCAGGAUAGUGCGAGCAGCAUGAUUAAGAUAUGUGAUCUCUUAUUACAAAUUAUAGACUCUAGACUAGAUCUAGAAUGUAGAUCAAAUAUAGCAUUCGGGGCAACUAAGUAAAAUGAGGGGGGUGUAUAAAACAAACAAUGCACGCAUUCUUGUGCAUAGAGGACCUAAAUAAUGAACUCUGUGCUCGACUUGCAAAAUGGAUAUACAGCACUCGGUCCUGUGGACCUCGGUGCAGUAUAUCCAUUGGCUCUCCUCGUAGGUCGUUCAUUAUUUGGCCCUGCAUGCACGCGCUUACGUGCAUUAUUUGUAUAAUGUAACACGGCAUUGGUGUAUGAAGUGUGACCUUGCUUUCUAUUGGCGGUUGUACAGGGGUCAUCUCACCUGAUCAUUGUGCCGUUAGGGCAAGCUCUUUACCAGUGUUACAGUUAUUCUCUUUGUCUGAUGCUGAAGGGCUGUCACAGCAUUGUAGCAUCAGAGGACUGUAUCACAAAGCUUUACGAUCAAUUAUACAGUUGAUUUGUGUGAUUGAUUCCACAUUGAUGAUCAUUGGAAUGAAUUAUUGAAAUCAGCCCUACAUGUACAACCCUAUAUGUCACAUCUUAGCUUGCAAGCCUAGCAGUUGAGUUGUGGGCAGUCACUCGUGAGUUGCGUACAGUCACUCGUAACUCUCCCGCAACUUUUCUGCAUGGAAAUCAGACUUGCAUGUGCCUCUGCGGGCUAGACGUGCAAAGUACAAUGUGAGCGAAUUGCGAGUAGCAAAAAUGGUCACCCGCAAGCAGUGUUUCCGCAGAUCCAAAACAAAUUUCCCGAAACUGGAUCUCAAAUUUCCUGAAAUUCAUAGACAUUUCCUUUUCAAUUAAAAAAAAAUAAAUAAAAAUCAGACAACAAAUCGAGCCUAAACUUGGUCCAAGUGAUCAAAAUCAAGGAAUUCAACCUCUUUUGUUGAAUGCGCUUUUUGUAAAUAGCAACAAAAUUACAAAAUGCGAGCAUGGAUUACUUGCAGAAAAUUUUGAGCUACGUACGAGUUAAACAAUUAUUGAAAUGUAGCAUGAAUAUUGAAAGUUUUAACGUUUAAUUGUAAUUUUAUGGUUUCCCGGAAUGUUCUAGAAUUUUUUCAUUACUAGAAAAUUACGUGAAAAUGUUCCGGAUUUCCUGGAAUUCAGGAAAUUUCGUUCAAAGUGGAAACACUGCACGAAAGUCAUACGCAAGUGUUACACAGAAUAAAGUGACAGGGCAUUUAUAUUACAGAGCCCAGCUUUUCUUAUCUAUUUCUUGUUUCUUUAAGCAUUGCAAUGGCAUUCUCAACUCUAUGACCCACCAUUUCUUUGUUGACCAUCGAUUGCACCACUAAUAUGUAAGCCCUAUUGAAUCUGCAUCAACAUAAUUUUUAUAUAUUCCAUUACAAUGAAGAAAUCUUUGUUUCACUAAAAGAAAUUAAUGUUUUGGUACAUGUUCGUUGAUAUCAGUACUAAUUAAGGCUCGAAAGAAAACAGAACCUGUAGAAAUUGCAAGACAAAUAAUAUCUUGCGUUCUUCAGCAUUCUACACCUUUGUACUCGGCCUACUUCAAGGAGCUUGUGAGAAGGCCUAUUUAUUCUGCUAUUGACUAUUUUAUUGGUCUAUUGAUUUUAUCAAUGUUGAAUUUGAAUUCUCAAGACAAAUUGUGAAGCACUUUGAAACCCCAAGGAAAAGGCACUAUGCCAAAUACUCUAUUGAUGGGAUGGAAUAAAACAAACUAGGAGAAUACCAUUUUCCAUUCUCUUGAUGUGUGUAUGGUCAUCUAGAGCUUUAGGGAGGAUCGUGGAGAUUAGGUGUACAAUUAAAGCAUGCCACUGUUUCUCAGGUCAUUCUACAGGUACUUUAUGAUAAAAUGAGCAUUGUUUAUCAUAGUAUUGAUUAAAUUGUACUAGCAACCUGAGAAAUGAUUUUGAUAUUGUGUACAUGUGGAACAGAACCUUGACUUGAGUUCUGCUGAAGCGAUUAUUCACUUUUUAAGGUCUGCCAAAUUGUUCCGUGCAAGGCUUACGGAUGAGUUGCGGGUGAAUGCACGCAACUCACCCGCAACAAAGUUUUGAGCAUGUUCAAAAGUUUUCUGCGUGCGAAUUAGACGUACUUGGCUCUUCUGCGGGCAACUAUGUUAAGAGAUUCAGCCAAUAAUAACAGCGAUGGACACUAGUUUCUUUUCAGGUGUCUUUUAUUACCAGGAAAGCAGCCUCUGUGCAAUAAAAAGGCGGGAAAGCAAGGUCAUUGUCUCAAGAGGAUGGGGCCUUACUCUGAUCUGCCCCAUACCCAGAAUACAAUUCCUAAAUACAACUUCAUUGACACAAAAUACACAUCAACACAUUAUGGCAUAAUUACAUAAUACAACAUAUGUGUGAGAAAUGUCAAUGCGGGCGACCUAACGGGCAACCUGCGGGCCGGAAAAACAGUCACCCACAAGGCUUGUGGGGAACGAUGUGGCAGGGCCUUUUUGUUUAUGUAUGCGUAGUCUACUUAAUCGUGCAACAUAUUUUCACAAUUAUUUGUUAUUUCAUGUUUUGAAAAUGCUUGUAGAAUGAACCAAUCAUAAACAAAUCUCUUCUUACGUGUAUGGUGGGUGCACUUUCAUUCAGUGGAAAUUUGAAUUUUGCAAUGCCUUUAAUAUGACCGCACAAUGGGAAGGUAAAUAUAUCUGUAUAUGUUUCCUUGUAUUGUCUGUAUUCUGUAUAGGAAUUACAAAUAAAAUGAAAUAAUAUAAUCUUUGAAAAUGA